CUCCGCCCCGCUCCGCCCCCGGGCCCGCCCGUCCCGCCAUGGCGGCGGCCUUCACCGCCCUCCGCGUCCUGCUCGGGCUCUUCUUCCUCCUGACCGGCGUCCUGAAGCUCUCGGACCGGCUCUCGGCCGACCUGCACCGGCACAUGGCGUCGGAGUUCGUGCGCUUUGCCAAGGUGUUUCCCCUGAAGGAGUUGGGGUUCGUGCCGGAGCCGGGCGGGUACCUGGCGGCCGUGGGCUGGGUGGAGGCGACGGCCGGGCUGCUGCUGGCACUUGGGCCCCAACUGCUGCAGGAGAUCAGCAACUUCGUCCUCAGCGUCGUCAUGAUCGGUGCCAUCUACACGCUGCUGGCGCUGCGGGAGCCGCUGGCCAUGUGUGCCCCGGCCACCCUCUGCCUCGGCCUCCUCCUGCUGCUCAACAUCCGCGGGUACCCGGCUGCCCCCCGGCCCAAGUUCGAGUGACCGGAGGCGGGAAGGAUGGACGGACGGACGGCUCGGACGGCGGGAAGCGAUGCCUGCGUGGUAUUUUCAGGGAUGGCACCGCUUCCUGCAAGGUAACUUGCUGCUGAGGCCCAGUGUGUCCUCUCCUGCCCCUGCCAGGGACCCUGGUGCUGGUUGUCCCCACGCUGUGGGCUGGUGCUGUGGGCCGGUGGCCAUGGCACCACUGUGACACUGCCGUGGCACCGCCGCCGCUCCGGCAGCUCCGUUGCUAAACUUGCACAAGGUGUCUGGCUCUUCCCGGCGUUUGGCCACGCCGAGCAGGGGCUGGCUCUGCUCUCCUGGGGGCUUUCGUAUUUUGGAAUAAACCCUCUUGUUUUUCA